AUAAUUUUCCGUUUGCGCGAGAGCUUGGGAAACCGUAGGCCAUUUUUCUCUCUCCUAAUCCAAAGUGUUGACCUCUUCUUUUUCUUCGCAUAGCAAAGAACACCACGACGUCACCGUCACCACCAUCACCAUCAUGUCUCGCAUCGCCGCCCCUCCUCCGCCCGUCAAGGCGGAACACAACCCCUCACCGCCGCCACCCCUACCCUCGCAACCCCCAACCCUCAUCAAACAAGAACUCACAGUCCCAAACAAUCCACAACAACCCCAUUUUAUCAAUUCAGUGUACCACCUUCGCAAUCUCUCCGCCGCCCUCUCCGCCUUCCACCGCCGCUACGACGAGCUUCACGAACACCUCCAUUUCAUCCAAACCUCCAUCGACUCCAAAUUGCUCCCCAAUUCCCACCCCUCUCCUCCAAUUGCAAUUCUUCCUCUCUCCAAAACCCUAUCUUCCCCCGUAUCAGACACAACAAUCGCCCCUGCAAUUGUUCCGAUCAUCAAAACCCUAUCUUCCCAGGUACCUGAGACAACAACGCCCCCUGCAAUUGUUCCAAUCACCAAAACCCUAUCUUCCCAAGUACCCGAGGCAACAACCGUCCCUGCUAUUGCUCCGAUCGCCGAAACCCUAGCUUCCGACGUACCGGAGGAGACAAUAACCGCCCCUGCAAUUGUUCCUAUUGCCGAAACCCUAGCUUCCGAUGUACCAGAGACGACAACUGUAGCUGAAUUGGAUAAAUCGGAACAAGCUACGGAUAAUAAUCAAUCGUCUCAUUCGGAGAUCGAAUUGUAUUGCAAAAGGAUGUGUAGUCGCAGUAUUCGAAGGUAUAUCACAUCGAAUCUAUCGAAUGUUUCGAAGCUUCGUGAAGAAGUUCCAUCGGCUUUGAAGUUUGCGGAAAACCCUGCGAAGCUCGUGUUGGAUUGUUUCGGCCGGUUUUUCCUUCAGGGGAUCAAAGCCUACUGCAAGGACUCGCCGAUGAUUCCGGGGAGGCAAGCUUCGGUUUUGAUUCUUGAGUUUUUUCUGAUGAUGGGGUUUGAUGGUAAUGAGAUUGAGGCUAAGGUGAAAGAAGAGGCAGAGUCGUCGGCGUUAGAUUGGAGGAAGAGGCUCAUCAGUGAAGGGGGUCUGGUUAAAGCUUGUCAGAUUGACGGUCGGGGUUUGCUUCUUUUGAUCGGUUGUUUUGGUAUACCCGGUGCAUUCACGAACGAUGAUAUUAAGGAUUUGGUUCGGGCGGGUCGAGCGAGGGAGAUUGCUGAUGUUCUUCGCCGGUCACAUGUUCUUCUCGCAAGGAUUCCAGAGGUAAUUGAGAGGACGAUGAAGAAUAAAAGGGAAGUUGAAGCUGUUGAUAUAACUUGUACUUUUGGGCUGGAGAGUAGCUUCUCUCCUCGGACAAUUUUGACAUCUUUUUUACAAAAGUCUAAAGAAACUUGGAAGAGAGUGAAAAAUGAAGCCCAGGGUUCAUCUGCAGCUGUGAAAGAAGCAAACAGAAAGCACCUAGCUGAUCUGAAAUUGGUAAUCAAGUGUUUGGAAAAUCACAAGAUCGAUCCGUUGAAGGUUCUCUCCGGAUGGCAAAUCUAUGAAAAGAUAUCUAGUCUCGAGAAAGAGAUUGCUGCUCUGGAUAAGAAAAUUAAAGAGCAGGUCACACAAAAGAGAAAAGCAGAUGAAGCCGAGUCCUCAAAGAAUUUGAAAAGCCAAGAGCUAAAACGGACACGGUUUGCUGGUCACAUGCCAGAACAGCAUAAGGCUGUUGCUUAUGUGGAUCUCAAUAGCUCUUCUGAUCGAUUGAUGCCAACAAACUUGUUGGAUAGUGGAAUCCCUCAAUAUGGUAGUUUUUCUGCUUACUCAUCAGUACUGCAUGGACAGGGUGUGGGCCCAUCACCUGGAAUUGGGGCCGGUGUGAUUGCAUCUAGAGUUGGAGCUGCCAUGUCAGCAGGUUCCAGUGAUCUUCUGCCAACAGGGUCUUAUGCUGGGAUUAAUGGGAGUAUUCUAGUUGAUAGGGCCAGACAAGUUGUUAACCACAAUGGUCAACCAUAUGGGUGGCAUGGGGAUGAGUCCUUCAGAGAAAGGUUAAUUGGUCAAAGCUAUGCUGAGUCCUCAGCCCUUGGUGUUAAUGGUUUGUACAGGCCGGCACCAUCGAUGAUGGAAGGCUUCGCCGGACUGCCAAAUCCCUCAUCUAUUGGUGUUUCGAAUCGAAGCUCAAACUCAGAUCUUUAUCAGUUUGCUGAUUCCAUUCCAGAAAGUGACACGUAUGGUGGCUCUCGGUCAGGUGGUGCUGUCCGUCCUGUUGUGUCUACACACCGUUCAUCGUACUUGUAUUGACCGAAUGCACUCUGCCCAGUCCCGCGCAGGGACCUCGUUCUUGAAAUUUGCAUUGUGUCUCUGUAUUUGGAGUGCUGAUUGGUAUUUAACGAGCUUGAGUUUUACACAGUUGAGUUGAGGUCCCAGAACCAUAAUGGUGAUGAUUUUCACUUUUUAUGCCCUUAUUAUUGGUUAGUUAUUUGUGUGCUGUGUGGUUGAUCAAAAUAAUAUAUCUUAGGAGAUUGUUCUCGGAUGUAUAGCUGUAGAGUUGUAAAUGAGCUGAGUCGAGUAGUGGGAUGUUUACUUUUCCAACUGAUUUCAAACGAGUUUUAAUUGAGUCAAGCUCUAGAAGUUUGGU